UUCUAAAUGGCGUCAGAGUAAAGUCGUAUUCUCAGGAUUUGUGUGCGAAAUAAAUUUUCGUUUCUGUGAUUCGUAAUGUCGGCCACCGAAGUUGUAGCCCCGGCCGUAGAGCAACCGGCUCCGGAGGCACUUGCCGCCGUCGUGCCCAAGCAGAAGACCGAGAAGCCUGUCAAGGAGAAGAAGCCCAAGGCCCCCAAAGAGAAGAAGCCCAAACAGCCCAAAAUCGCUGCUCAUCCUCCGUACUUCCAGAUGAUCAAGGAGGCUCUAUUGGCCCUGGACGAGAAGAGCGGGUCGAGCCCGUACGCAAUCGCCAAGUACAUGGAAGAGAAGCACAAGCUCGAGCUUCCAUCAAACUACAAGAAGAUAUUGGGUCUGCAAUUGAAGAAUUCGGCCGCUAGAGGAAAGCUCAUCAAGAUCAAGGCCUCGUACAAGCUUUCCGAGGCUGGCAAGAAGGUCACGGUCGCAAAGCCCACAAACGCAGAGAAAAAGCCCAAGCCCCAGGCCAAGUCCAAGCAGACUACCAAGGCCAAGCCCAAGCUGACUACCAAGGCCGCUCCGAAGGCCAAGGCAGCGGCGAAAAAGCCCGAGGCGGUGGCGAAGAAGCCGGAGGCCGCCGCUAAAAAGGCGCCGAAGAGGAAGGCGAGUACUAAGAAGGUUGGGCCUGCGCCUAAAAAGCCCAAGAAGUCGACCCCUGCUAAGCCCAAGUCCAUCAAGUCCCCUGCCGCCAAGAGGGCCAGGAAGGCUGCUGCUAAAUAGGUGUUAAAAAAAGUCUAGUCGUCUCUCUUAUGUAUAGGAAAUGGAAUCUCUGGUUUCUAUGAAGAAAGUGUUUACUUUUUAACUUUCGAGCAAUAGAUGUAAUGCUGCACUCGUAAUCUGCUUUUAGGAGUUAUAAUGGAAUUAACAUUUUCAGCC